GAAUAAGCAUGCUCGACCCGCCAGCGCUAAUUAAAUUCCAACGCAAAGAAUUAACACGAAGUAAAAAAGGAUAACCUUCCGUCGGCUACCGCUAUUCCCAAUAUGGCACAAGGUUCAGUUAUAGUUUGAUUGCGUAAUCGUAGAACUAAGGGUAUGACACACGUAUGAAAAAUUGUCAUUCUAGUAUUCUGUUGGCAAUCGUUGCACACGAUCACAACCUUGGAGAUCGACAGAAGGAUUCGAGCAUCUGGACAGGGGCAACUGGUCGGUCAGGUGGUCCAAUUUUAGGGGAUGCAAUGAGAAAAAGGACGAAGAAGACGGGCGAGGAGAGACGCGAACACGGACAGACACGGCGAUUGCGCUGCUCUUCUGUCACGUGUAAUCGUCCACAGCGAUGUUUCCUUCCGUUUGCAUAUCGCGGUGUAAGGGAUUUGGACGAGUACGAGGAAAAUGAGAAGUACAAUAUGAUCCGGGUAACGCAGGAAUUUCCUUUUUACGUAUACCAAGUUUAUUUGCAAUUAAUCUGUUAA